AUGAGCAGCCAGUUAGCAGAAGUCUCUGCAAGAGAGCAAAGGGAGCCUAGGUUUUCUGGUUUUCCUGAUGCACGAGCUGAAGUUGUGUUUUCUGUGGACUGUGCCAAGCUGAAGGACUAUUUUUUACCAGAACAAAGAGAAUUUGAUUGUAUUUAUUUCAACUUCCCUCACUGUGGGAGAAAGGCUGGGGUGGUGAAGAAUAGAGAGCUUCUUGCCCGCUUUUUCCAUAGCUCCGCAGAAGUGCUGACAGAGGAGGGAGAGGUCCAUGUGGCUCUCUGCAAUGGACAGGGUGGGACACCUGCUGAUCAACCAAGGAGAGAAUGGCACAACAGCUGGCAAAUAGUGGCUGUGGCAGCAGGGGCUGGAUUUAUCUUGAGUAACGUUCAUCCUUUUAAAGCAGAGACUAUCCAUGGAUAUAAGUGUACAGGCUACAGGAGUCAAGAUAAAUCUUUCUGUAUAGAGGGUGCUUUAAACCACAUUUUCACACGAAGCAUGCCACUUCCCUGUUUCAAGCCUAUGACCUGCAAGAUAGAACUGGAAAGCCAGAAAGUUUCUUUCCAAGUACCACAGGUACUUGUGGAUAAAAUUAAUAGGGGUUUCCUAGAACUAAAUUCAAAUCAUCCAGUACGGACAGUAAAGGAGAAACUCACUGCAGACCUCAGCCAAGCCUUUCCGUUAAAAAACGUUGACUACUGCCUUUCUCUGCUCCAAGGUCACCUCAAUGGUGUUUGUCACUCAAAUAUCUUCUGGAUCAUUUUGAGCCCAGAGGAGACUCCAGGCACUGAAGAAACGUCUAGUGGACUGGCAAAUGCAGUUCUAUUUUCCCAGGUUGAUCUUUGCAGGGACACAGAUAAGAAUGGCAGGGUGAAUGUACAAGAGGGUUGCCACGUUUCAAAACAGUAUUAUCUUAGACCUUCCCUUCUACCUUAUGCUCAGGCAAUAAUACAAAGAGGAGCCUUUCUCCCAGGGACACUUCAUGUUCUUUCUGGCCCAGUUUUCAGGAAGUGUCUUAUCACUCCUUACUCCAUGCCUGUUUUUCAUGAGGUGGUUUUUGUAUGUGCUGUUAACAGGGGUACAGAGAACAGCUGUAUCCAGAUGUUGAUGAACAGCAUUAAAACCAGCAUAUGUUCUCUUCACCAGACUGUUUCUGGCUUUCAACUGAAUAUCAAUCUGCAGGAAGCAACAAACUUUGAAACAACUCAGCUAAAUGACUUUGCUGCUUUUGAAUCUCAGCUUAGUAGAAUUCGGUACUUCAUGUGUAUGGAGGUAGAUGCUUCAGGCUCCUGUGAGAAGGGCUCCUGCGUGGGAAUUAUAAGGACUGAACUGGUAAGCAGUGAGUUGGUUGUUGUCUUUGCUUCACUGAAUCUUGACCUCCUAGCCAUGUUGAUCUGUGGAAUAUCUGACUGGCGAAUGCUGUGGACAUCAGACACACGAUUCCUCCGUCAAUUUCCUGGAGGAGAGUUAAGGCUUUUCAAGAGUUUUUCUCUCUAUCCACCUUCCUACGUGCAUGAUGUCAGCUUUUGGGUUCCUGAUGGGGAGCAAUUUGAUGAAGUUGCUUUUCACACCAUCGCUAGGCAGGUGUCAGGUGAAAUGGUCGUAUCCAUCCAGUUAAUGGACAGUUUCCAGCAGUCAGAGACGGGUCGGAAG